AUGGGCUUCGCCGCGGCCCAAAGCCCAGCUCCCGCGUCAAUGCGAUUCGCUGCUACUGUGAUCGAGCUGUUUCCAGCUCCAGAAAGCUUGCUUUUAGGGCCAUUGACGCAGUACAGGAGCUUAGUAGACCAAGGGAAGCUGCAGCAUGAUCCGAACCAAGAAGCGGUGGCUUCGCAGCUGGAGAAUUUGCUGGGGAGAUUAGAGAAGUAUGAGAGAGAUAUGGAGGAGUAUCAUACAAGUUUGGCCAAUUGGGAGAAGAAGAGAGAGAAUGAGAGGAGGAGGAUUUUGAUGGAGGAAGCUGAGGGUAAGCAGAAGGAUGAUUCAGGGAACAACCAAGGGAAUAAGGUUUUCGGGAGAUGGAUGUCCAAGAAAAGACCUGAGAAUGUAGAACCUGGAGUUGGGAAAUGGGUGUCGUACCUUAAUCGGGAGAGGAAGUUGGAUUCGGUUGUUGGACGUCGGCCAACUGCUCCUGCUGCGCCGAAAGGACUGUAUAUUUAUGGCAAUGUUGGAAGCGGAAAGACAAUGCUUAUGGACAUGUUCUAUAGUGCCACCGAAGGAAUUGUUAAGCAUCGAAAGAGAUAUCACUUUCAUGAGGCUAUGUUGAAAAUUAAUGAACAGAUGCAUCAGACUUGGAAAAACCAAGUGGCGGAUAAGUCGUUGCAGUCCAGCAUUGCCAAUUGGAUAAUGAGUCUACCCUUUGAUUCAAAGGUCAAGGAGUGGGUAGCUGCAGAAGAGAACUACAAACAACAGGUUCAGAUGAAAAACAUCCUUCCAGCUGUAGCAGAUAAACUUCUCCUAGACCGGCAGGCAGAUCAAAAGGGUGGCAGCAUUCUUUGUUUUGAUGAGAUACAGACUGUUGAUGUAUUUGCUAUUGUGGCCUUAUCUGGAAUUGUUAGCAGAUUGUUAAGUACUGGAACUGUUUUUGUGGCCACCAGUAACCGAGCACCAACAGACUUAAAUCAGGAUGGUAUGCAAAAGGAGAUCUUCCAAAAGUUUGUUGCCAAAUUGAAUGAGCACUGUGAGAACGUUCUGAUUGGAAGUGAGGUAGAUUACCGCCGUGUUAUAGCUCAAAAUCAAAGAUCUAAGGAUCAGGAGCACUACUUUUGGCCUUCAGACAGCAUUGCUCUGGAGAAAUUUGAGAGAAAGUGGGAUGAAGUCACAAACCAAGUAGGUGAACCGAUCACCUCGAGUACUAUUUCGGUGAUGUUCGGAAGAAAAUUGGAGGUUCCUGAAAGCUGUAAUGGAGUAUCGAGAUUCUCCUUUGAGUACCUAUGUGGCCGGCCUGUAGGUGCAGCAGAUUAUAUUGCAGUAGCAGAAAAUUAUCAUACUGUUUUCAUAUCUGGCAUUCCAGUUAUGAGUAUGCGUAUCCGUGAUAAGGCACGGAGGUUUAUUACCCUCGUUGAUGAAUUAUACAAUCAUCACUGCCGCCUAUUUUGCUCUGCAGCUUCUUCUAUUGAUGAUUUGUUUCAAGGAACUGAUGAGGGUGUACUUUUUGAUCUAGAGAGUUUCCAGUUUGAAACAGAGACAGAAGGUGCAAAACUUAGGCGUGAUGUUUUAGCAGGAGGGAAUGUUAGUUCAGGAGGUGCCCCGACUGGUUUAGUAUCCAUGCUAUCUGGUCAAGAAGAACUGUUUGCUUUCCACCGAGCAGUUUCACGACUGAUAGAAAUGCAGACGCCUGUCUACUUGGAGGGAGUUCAUAGUCUUCAUCCUUAUUUCCAGAGACAACGUCAAAAUUCUGGAUAUAUUACUGCAGAAAACUUACAACCUCAGUUGACUUUCUAAGAAGCAGAAUUGUGGUACCAAUAUCAAUCCUUCCUGUACAUUUA